UCCAUGAGAACACACAGCUCAACUUUCUUGACAAUUCAAAGAAAGUAACAUCAAAUUUUCUUUAAUCUUGUCCAUUUCAAUCUUAUCCCAUUUAUAAUUUCCAGUUUGUAUGCCUGCAUAUUCAUAUUCUUACUCUUACUGCAUCCCAUCCCCAUAGAAACUUAAUAAAUAUUCCAACUUUCAAUAGAUUUCUACUAGAAUUUCUAUGGAUUUUCAUCUCCUUCUCAUCUUUGCUUUAUUUAUUAUUGUUCUAAAAGGAAAUGAUGCUUCUCUACCUGCAGAGGUGUAUUGGCAAUCCAUGUUACCAAACACUCCAUUUCCAAAAGCUUUACAGGAUUUUUUGCAUCCUGCUGAUAUAGGAAAGGAAAUCACAUUUUCAUUAUCAGAAGAUUACAUGCCACAAAAUUGUGCAAGGGCGACCUAUGGAGUUGGAUAUUGGCCUGACAACAGAAAAUUUGUCAAAAAUUCCAUAUCCAAUGCAACUACUACUGUAUACUUCUUGUAUGAUGAUCUCCUUCCAGACAAAAAGAUGAGGAUUAUUUUCACUAAAUCUACAAAUGGGUCAAAUUUCUUGCCACGUAAAAUAGCAGAAUCCAUUCCCUUUUCGAGCAAUAAGUUCCCAGAAAUUCUGAACUAUUUUUCAAUAAAUUCCACAUCAAAGGAAGCUGAAAUCAUGAAACAGACAAUUGAAGAAUGUGAGGCUCCUGGCAUUAGAGGAGAAGACAAGCAUUGUGCUACAUCUUUAGAAUCUUUAGUUGAUAUUGUGGUUGCCAAGUUUGGAAAAAAUGUUCAAGCUUUUUCUAAUGAGGCAGAAAAAGAGAACAAGAAACAAGAGUAUACAAUUUUGAAGGGAAUCAAAAUGAUGGGAGAAAAUCACAUGGUGUGCCAUAAGGAGAGAUAUGCAUAUGCUGUGUUUUAUUGCCAUAGAAUCAAAACCACGAAGGUUUAUAAGGUUCCACUAAUGGGUUUUGAUGGCUCUAAAGCUGAAGCAGCUGUUGUUUGCCACAUGGAUACAUCAGCUUGGAACCCAUAUCACUAUGCCUUUCAGAUCCUUAAUGUGAAGCCAGGAGGACCAUCGAUUUGUCACUUCCUUAAUAGUGAUGCCGUUGUCUGGAUUUCCACUAAUUAGAUUCUGUAGGCAUGAGUAUGUAUUUAAUUAGAGAAAUUUUGUAUAAUAAUGUAACAUUCCCACAUCGAUGGGAAAAAUCAUAGUAAAGGAUUUAUAUAGUCCAAAAAUUAGAAUGGUUUGAAUUAA